AUGGGAACAUCUCCUAAAGAGCUCAACCAGCUUGCUCGCCAGCUCAAAUCUCUUCAUGUCCCUGGUGAACCUCUGAUCCUGACAAACGUCUACGAUGCCUGUACCGCCUCAGAGAUAGCCUCUCUUCCCUCAACCAAGGCUGUGGCAACUGCUUCUUUCGCGAUUGCCGCCAGCAUGGGCAUUGAGGAUGAAAACACCAUGCCUCUCAGCGACAAUUUGGCGGGAGUGCGCAGGGUGGCUACGGGCUUACGCAAUGCUGGCAAGGCCAAUACAUUGCCACUGACGGCGGAUUUGCAGGACGGAUACGCCGACCCUGCAGAAGCAGUCAGGCAGGCUAUCGAGAUAGGAGUGGUAGGUUGCAACAUCGAGGAUGUCGACAACAGCCUCCAACCACCAAAACUGAGACCACUCGACGAAGCAAAGAGCCGAAUUGAGGCUGCCGUUCGAGCAGCCAGGGAAGCAGGGGUCCCCGAUUUCGUGGUCAACGCUCGCACGGAUGUCUUGGGGUUCGAUGGGACGGUUGACGAUGUCGUGGAGCGAGGCCGAGCAUUUCUAGAAGCAGGUGCUACGACGGUAUUUGUCUGGGGCGUGAGGAAGAAAGUGAUCACAGAACAAGAGGUGAGAGAAAUGGCGAGCGGGCUGGACGGGAAAUUGGCCGUGCUUGCCCAAGGCUGUACUAUCGAAGCCCUGAAGCAGGCUGGCGUUAGCCGCAUCUCUGUUGGGCCUACGCUGUUGUUGAAAGCUCUCAAGUUCAUUCGAAACGAAGCUACGGCCAUACUAGAGGUGAAGCAGUGGUCUAUGGGAAACUGA